GGUGAGAGAUGCAUCGCUGUAGAUCAUCCUGAAGUAUCAGGAACUCUCCAGCUCAGAGAUGGAUUUGUUCUCUAUUUUACCUCCAGGAGAGGAGGCUUUUACGUUCGUAUCAAUUUCCAGAACUCUCUCAUGCUAGAACGGUUUUUUUCCAUUUAGAGAAUUAAUGGACUGGGUCUAUUUAUCUUAAUCAAGGGAGGCAGUGGUAUGCUGGCUGUGGGGAAUAUUUGGUCCUAUCCUCUUGCUUGCAGUCCUGAAGUCCUGGAAACUCCUGAAUGCAGCAUGGGGCCUUGCAGGGGUUUGGGGCGGUAGCGGACCAAGUUGAGAUGUGAAAGGUCAGGAGUCAAAGUUACGGGGAUAUAAGAUCCCUGUCCUGGGGCUGGUGAAGUUCCAGUGCCCACAGUCUGAUGCUCUUAGGCAUUCUUCACUGUCCCGAAGUUGUAAAUAAACCCGUUGCACAAUCCGCAGCCCAGAAUUCACAGCCCUUAGCCCAGAAAGCAGCUGGGCCUUGGAGGUGUUUGCUCACGACCUUUUCUCUCGCCACACCCUGGGGCUCUUGGGAGGAGCUGAGGUCUGAGCUGCAGUGCCAGGAUGCUGCCUCUGUUGGUGCGGGCCUUCUGCUGCCUUCCUGGGUCCCGUCACAUCCUUCUUGCUCAGCCAUUGGGUGCUCAGCAUGGAAACUGCCGUCCCCUGUUUGGAAGGCAGCACAUGGCUUGGCUUCACGGAGUUGUGGUUGGAGACUGAAGCGGCCCCUCUCUCAGACUCUCUGUAGCCGGUCUGUAGGAGGAAAGGGAAGCACUCCAAUGCCCUGCAGGUUCGAGAAGAUGGAAGGACAAGUGGUAGGCACGAUGCUCAGGCUGUUCCGCAAUCGGCUGCCCCGACUCCGAGCAGGAAGUCGCCAGGACAACCUGAGGGAAGCUGCGAAGGAACCAGAAAGGGCCCCGGAGCACUGUCUGUCCACCUUUGCUGGAGGGCAGCACUUCUUUGAAUACCUCUUCGUGGUUUCCCUCAAAAAAAAGAGUUCAGGGCAUGACUAUGAGCCCACCAUCACCUACCAGUUUCCCAAGCGAGAGAACCUGCUCCGGGGCCAGCAGGAGGAGGAGGAACGGCUGCUCAGUGCCAUCCCCUUGUUCUGCUUCCCAGAUGGGAAUGAGUGGGCACCACUCACUGAGUACCCCAGGGAGACCUUUUCCUUCGUUCUGACCAACGUGGAUGGGAGCAGGAAGAUUGGAUACUGCAGGCGCCUCUUGCCCGCCGGCCGUGGCCCUCGCCUUCCCAAGGUUUACUGCAUCAUCAGCUGCAUCGGCUGCUUCGGCCUGUUCUCCAAGAUCCUGGAUGAGGUGGAGAAGAGGCACCAGAUCUCCGUGGCCGUCAUUUACCCGUUCAUGCAGGGCCUCCGAGAGGCGGCCUUCCCUGCCCCCGGGAAGACUGUCACCCUCAAGAGCUUCAUCCCCGACUCGGGCACUGAGUUCAUCUCCCUGACACGGCCCCUGGACUCCCACCUAGAACACGUGGAUUUUAGAUCUCUGUUGCGCUGUCUCCGUUUUGAGCAGAUCCUUCAGAUAUUUGCCUCUGCAGUGCUGGAGAGAAGAAUCAUCUUCCUGGCAGAAGAUCUCAGCACCCUGUCUCAGUGCAUCCACGCUGCCGCCGCGCUGCUCUACCCCUUCAGCUGGGCGCACACCUACAUCCCCGUUGUCCCCGAGAGCCUUUUGGACACUGUCUGCUGCCCCACUCCCUUCAUGGUCGGAGUACAAAUGCGCUUUCAGCAGCAGGUUAUGGAUAGCCCCAUGGAAGAGGUCCUAUUGGUGAAUCUUUGUGAAGGAACCUUCUUAAUGUCAGUUGGUGAUGAAAAAGAUAUCCUACCACCCAAGCUUCAGGAUGACAUCUUAGAGUCUCUUGGCCAGGGGAUCAAUGAGUUCGAGACAGCUUCCGAACAGCUCAACGAGCAUGUUUCGGGCCCAUUUGUGCAGUUCUUUGUCAAGACCGUGGGCCACUAUGCUUCCUACAUCAAGCGGGAGGCAAACGGGCAAGGCCGCUUCCAAGAACGGGCCUUCUAUAAGGCUCUGACCUCCAAGACCAACCGCCGAUUUGUGAAGAAGUUUGUGAAGACACAGCUCUUCUCCCUUUUCAUCCAGGAAGCUGAGAAGAGCAAGCACCCUCCUGCAGGCUACUUCCAACAGAAGAUACUUGAAUACGAGGAACAGAAGAAACAGAAGAAAUCAAGGGAAAAGACUGUGAAAUAAGAGCUGUGGUCAAAAGCGGGGGGCUGGACUCACGGGUCAGUUUUGGACUUUGGCCCCUGCCAGCACGGUGGGAUUGGCAAAGCUCGCGGCCCCCAGAACCCACGGCCUUCUUCUGAGUCCUGGUAACCAGGUCUGGCGUCAAGCUGGUGUCUUGGGUUUGGGAUCCCUGGAAUCAGCUUUCCCAGGACCUUGGAAGGCUCGGACCUCCGUGCUCACGGAGCUGGGCUCAAAGCUACAUUUUCUGCGCAGGUGACACAGCACAGUAGCACAGGUGCUGUGGAGCCUUAGAAGUUGCUGUGAAUGCCCUCUUCCAGGAACCACUAUGAUGAAGUCCUCAACAGGGAAAGUACUUGUGGCCCAAAGGCUCAGUCUCUCCACGUAAAAAAGAGGUCUGUGGACAUAGGAAGAUAAGAAUAAAGAUGAAAGUCUUGUUUACGUGUUA